AUGACAGCGAAGAUUAGAGAGCAAUUAGUUGCCGGGACCGGAGUGACGCCACAUUCCGGCUCUCGGCAAAUCCACAAGGAGCUGCACCAGCACUGCACAUAUCCAUGGAGCUCCGUCACACUUCAACAGACUGUGGUUGUGUCUGUAAUAUGUUGUCACUGCGUCUUCUUUCCUCUCCGAUGCAGAAUGGCCGAGCUGAUCGAGAAGGAGACGGAGGAAUACCGCAAGGGUGACCCCGACCCCUUUGAUGACCGACACCCGGGUGAGCAAAACUUUCCUGACCCGGAAGGCGGAACCGGGCCCGGCUGGUGUACAUUGGGUUGUUCUGAUCUAACGGGAAUACAGAGAACUCUUCACGGGAAUUUGGUGAACGCCUACGUCAUGACCAGCCGGGAGCCUCCGCUCAACACCGCAGCGUGCCGCCUCUUGCUGGAUAUUAUGCCGGGUCUGGAAACGGCCGUCGUCUUCCAGGAGAAGGAAGGCAUCAUGGAAAACCUCUUCAAGUGGGCUCGAGAAUCAGAACAGCCCCUGCGCACCUACGCCAUCGGACUGCUGGGAGGGGCCAUGGAGAACCAGGAUAUCGCUGCCAAUUACCGCGAUGAGAACUCCCAGCUGGUCGCCCUCGUCCUGCGUCGACUGCAGGAGCUCCAGUCCCGGGAAGUUUCACCCAAGCCGGAAGCGCGACGCCAAAGCCCGCGUAAACCUCUGGGUGAGCCGCUGCUUCCCCUGGACGAGGAGGCCGUGGACAUGGACUACGGCGAAAACAUGGGGGUGGAGGCUAAAGACGUGAACUCCGACCUCUCCUUCCGGACCGAGGCCUCCCCGAGACUGGGGAUCCUCGUCAACUCCGACGGCACGGGGCCGCCGCCGCUGCGCAGGGCGAAGAUGGACGCCGAUAGCCAUCGGAAGGUGAAACACAAACUGUGCUUCUCGGAGUUGGAGCGAGCGCCCAGCGAGUUGUCCAACAGCAGCUGGUCGGAGAUGUCUCCCUGGGUCAUAGGUACCAACUACAGCCUGUGCCCCCUCACCCCGGGCAUAGAACAAAGGCUCAUCCUCCAAUACCUCACCCCGCUGGGAGAAUAUCAAGAGCUGCUCCCCAUCUUCAUGCAGUUGGGCUCCCGGGAACUGAUGAUGCAUUACAUUGACUUGAAGCGCACCAACGACGUCCUCCUCACCUUCGAAGCCCUGAAGCAUUUGGCCUCUCUGCUCCUCCACAACAAGUUUGCCGCCGAGUUUGUGGCUCACGGGGGCGUUCAGAAACUGUUGGAGAUUCCGCGUCCGUCGAUGGCGGCUACCGGGGUGUCCAUGUGUCUCUACUACCUGUCCUAUAACCAGGACGCUAUGGAGAGGGUGUGCAUGCAUCCGCACAAGGUGCUCAGCGAUGUUGUGAGUUACACCCUGUGGCUCAUGGAGUGCUCCCACGCCUCCGGCUGCUGUCACGCCACCAUGUUCUUCUCCAUCUGCUUCUCCUUCCGAGCCGUGCUGGAACUCUUCGACAACCAGGAUGGCCUCCGACGGCUGGUGAACCUGAUCAGCACCCUGGAAAUCCUAAGUUUGGAGGACCAGGGAGCUCUGCUGAGCGAUGAUGAAAUAUUCGCCAGUCGCCAAACCGGGAAGCAUACGUGUAUGGCCCUGCGACGAUACUUCGAGGCGCAUUUGGCUAUCAAGGUGGAGCAGGUCAAACAAUCUCUGCAGCGUACAGAAGGAGGACUGCCAAUACACCCCCCUCCUCCCUACAAAGCCUGCACAUAUACCCGCGAGCAAAUUAUCGAGAUGAUGGAAUAUCUUAUAGAGUUUGGACCCUCUCAGCUGUACUGGGAGCCGGCUGAAGUGUUCCUGAAACUCUCCUGCGUCCAGCUGCUCCUGCAGCUCAUCUCCAUCGCCUGCAGCUGGAAGACGUAUUACGCCAGAAACGACACCAUUCGCUACGCUCUGGACGUUCUCGCCAUCCUCACCGUGGUGCCAAAGAUUCAGCUCCAGUUGUCGGAAUCGGUUGACGUUCUGGAUGAGGCCGCCUCCACCGUCUCUACUGUCGGAAUGAGCAUCGUUUUGGGGGUGGCGGAGGGCGAACUCUUCACCCACGAUGCCGAAGUACAGAAAUCGGCUUUACAGAUCAUCAUCAAUUGCGUCUGUGCGCCGGAGUGCCGCAUCCCCAGCAUCGGCAAAUACGUCUCGGGGACACCGCGGCGGCGGCCCCUGCUUUCUCACUCCUAUCGGCCAAACAGCAGCGGGGAGCCGACCCUGGCCAAGAUGUGGAACGUGGUGCAGUCCAACAAUGGCAUCAAGGUUCUCCUCUCCCUCCUGUCGGUGAAGAUGCCGAUUACGGAUGCCGACCAGAUCCGAGCGUUGGCCUGCAAGGCGUUGGUGGGCCUGAGCCGCAGUGGUUCUGUCCGGCAGAUUAUCAGCAAGCUGCCUUUGUUCAGCAGCAGCCAAAUCCAGCAGUUGAUGAAGGAGCCGAUCCUCCAGGACAAGCGCAGCGAGCACGUCCGCUUCUGCAAGUACGCCGCCGAGCUGAUCGAGCGAGUCUCGGGAAAGCCUCUGCUGAUCGGUAGCGACGUAUCGUUGGCGCGGCUGCAGAAGGCCGACGUGGUGGCGCAGUCGCGGAUCACUUUUCCGGAGAAGGAACUCUUGCUGUUGAUCCGCAACCAUCUGGUCUCCAAGGGGCUGCAGGAUACGGUGGCGGCCCUGACUAAAGAGGCCGACUUGCCGAUGACUGCUGCGCUGCACUCCUCGUCCUUCCUGCCGGCGGCGGCCACUCAGCCUCCUGCUACCUCGUCGCCCGUUUCCCUGCCGCGUACGCCGCGCAUCCCCGCGCGCCUCUCCACCAGCACUUUGUGCCCUCACCUUCCCGCCCGACCUCAGCUGCCUUCCCAGUCGCCAGCCCUCGUGCCCGUCGGCUCUCCGCACAUCGGACGCAUUAGCUUCGGGCGAGAGCGCCACUCCCCCUGCAACGGGAAGAGGAGCCGCGUCCUGCGGCAGAAGUCGGACCACGGCGCCUACAGCCAGAGCCCAGCGAUCAGGAAGCAACUGGAGCGGCACGUGCCUUCCCCACCCACGCUGGACGGUAUUAUGACUGAAUAUUUACGGGAACAGCAUGCUCGCUGCAAGAACCCCGUGGCCAUCUGCCCCCCCUUCUCGCUCUUCACCCCGCACCAGUGCCCUGAGCCCAAACAGCGCAGGCAAGCCCCGACCAAUUGCACUUCACGACUCACCCGCCGAGCUGCCUUCCCCAAAUACGGGGGCGUGGAUGGGGGCUGCUUCGACCGACACCUCAUAUUCAGCAGCUUCCGUCCAAUUUCAGUUUUCCGAGAGGCCAACUUGGAUGAAAGUGGCUUUACGUGUUGCGCGUUUUCGGCGCGGGAACGUUUCCUGAUGUUGGGGACGUGCACAGGACUGCUGAAGUUGUACAAUGUGUUCAGCGGGCAGGAAGAAGCCAGUUACAAUUGCCACAUCUCGGCUAUCACACACCUGGAGCCGUCGCGGGACGGGUCUCUCCUCCUGACUGCUGCGACGUGGAGCCAGCCGCUGUCUGCCUUGUGGGGCAUGAAGUCCGUCUUUGACAUGAAACAUUCGUUCCCCGACGACCAUUACGUGGAGUUCAGCAAACACUCGCAAGAUCGUGUCAUCGGCACGAAGGAGGACGUGGCUCAUAUUUAUGACAUCCAGUCGGGUCAGAAGUUACUGACUUUAUAUAACCCCGACCUGGCCAAUAAUUACAAGCGGAACUGCGCCACCUUCAACCCCACCGAUGACCUGGUGCUGAACGAUGGGGUGCUGUGGGACGUUCGCUCCUCUCAAGCCAUCCACAAGUUUGACAAGUUCAACAUGAACAUCAGCGGCGUCUUCCAUCCCAACGGGCUCGAGGUCAUCGUCAACACCGAGAUCUGGGACCUUCGAACCUUCCACCUCCUGCACACGGUUCCUGCGCUGGACCAGUGCCGGGUCGUCUUCAAUAACACCGGGACCGUGAUGUACGGAGCCAUGCUUCAAGCCGAUGACGAGGACGACCUUCUGGAGGAGAAGAUGAAGAGUCCGUUCGGGUCGUCAUUUCGCACAUUUAAUGCCACAGAUUAUAAACCCAUCGCUACUAUCGAUGUGAAGAGGAACAUAUUUGACCUUUGCACAGACACGAAGGAUUGCUACUUGGCUGUGAUUGAGAAUCAGGGCACAAUGGACGCUCUGAACAUGGACACGGUGUGCCGGCUGUACGAGGUGGGCCGCCAGCGUCUGGCUGAGGAUGAGGACGAGGAGGAAGAUCAGGAGGAUGAAGAGCAGGAGGAUGAUGAGGAGGACGAUGAUGACGACGAUUCUGAUGAUCUGGAGCCUCUGCUGGACGCCGAGAUAGAAGAUGAGGAAGAGGCCGGAGAGCAGGCCGGGGAGGACGGAGAGAACGACUUCUCCCCUUCCGAUGAUGAGGAGCUCGCCAAUCUGCUGGAUGAUGAUGACGAUGGCGAUGAAGGACAUGAGGAUGAUGACGACUCCGAUAUAGACCCCGAGGUGGAGCUGAUACUGGGAGACUCAGACAGCUCGGACAAUUCGGACCUUGAAGACGACAUCAUCCUGGCGCUGAACGAAUGAGGGGUCUGCGGUGCGUCCAGGGAACGUGCGCAGGGUCGUUUCCCUCCUGGGGUCACUGUGAGGAGCGCAGAGCCGCCG